ACUCGGUGGUCGUGAACUCUCAGAGAUUCACUAUGAAGUCGUGGCCUCAGCUCUGAAGUCAGACCCCUCACAUCUGAGAGAACUGGAUCUGAGCUACAACGAGCUGCAGGACUCAGGAGUGAAGCUGUUGUGUGCUGGACUGGAGAGUCCAACCUGUCGACUGGAGACUCUGAGGUUGAGUCGCUGCAGUCUGUCAGAGAUCAGCUGUUCUUCUCUGGCUUCAGCUCUGAGGUCAAACCCCUCUCAUCUGAGAGAACUGGAUCUGAGUGACAACAAGCUGCAGGACUCAGGAGUGAAGGAGCUGCUUGAUCUAGAGCAGAGUUCAGACUUUCACCUGGAGACUCUGAGGUCAGUAGAUGUUUGGAGUCAGUCCAUGCUGCUUUCAUCAGUAUUUUACUAAACACAGUCAGUAUCACAGUAAAGAUCCAGGGUCUGGACCAGAAGCAGGAUUUGUGGUUAUCAGGUUAACUUCAGGUUUAGUUUCUUCAGUCCUACGAAGCUCGUUCACUUCUUAUCGGGGUAAAUCACCAUGGUAACUGAUGAUGGACGGCUAACAUGCUCCGGAGCAGGUGAAGUUGGAGAUCAACCUGUUUAAAAGCUCCGCCCACUGAGCAAAGUAACUACACUGU